AUGGGUUCUUUGAGUCCGGUAUUAUUUGAUAUAGAAAAGCUCAAAUUCCAGCGCAGCAAAAUUACUCUGAGUAGCUCCUACUUCAAAAAUGUAUUUCAAAUUAUGUGUUCUACACUAGACCCGGGACCGGGAAGACGAACAGCACAGGAACAUGUCAAAACUCUAGGCUACCGCUUCGUUGGUCGUCUCGGCGAGGGAACAUUUUCUAAGGUCUACCUCACCGAAUAUGUGCCUCCGGGGACAACCGACGUCCAGAAGCUAGCUUGUAAGCUAAUCGAUACCGCUACCUGCAGUGCCAAGUUCAAAAAGAAAUUCUUGCCGCGGGAACUGGCGAUACUUCUCAGAGUUCAUCAUCCACACAUCAUCGGGAUUCACGCGAUCGUCAAGUGUCACUCGAAGGUCUUCAUCUUCAUGCGGUACGCAGAGGAGGGUGAUUUGCUGACAUACAUCCUCGCAAAUGGACCAAUCGAUGAGAAUCGGUCCCGUGUAUGGGCCCGCCAGAUGGCGCUGGCGUUGCAGUACCUCCACGAGGCGGGGAUCGCCCAUCGGGACUUGAAGUGUGAAAACAUUCUUAUUACUUCGAACUUCAACGUAAAGAUGAGCGAUUUCGGGUUUGCCCGACACGUUGCCCGAACGGACACGAUGGCGGAGCUUUGCAAAACCUUCUGUGGUUCAUUCGAUUACGCUUCGCCGGAGGUUCUGAAAGGGGAACCGUACAAUGCGAAGGUUUCCGAUAUGUGGUCGUAUGGGGUGCUGCUGUACGUGAUGCUGAACAAAUCGAUACCAUUCAAGGGCAAGACAAAAGCCGUGUACGAUCAGCAAAUGGCGCAGAAGUGGCAAUUCCGUUCGAGGGUACGUCACAAACUGUCCGAUCAGGCCAAGGCGAUCAUUGGAAAUUUGCUGGAACCAAAUCCCUCUAUUCGAUGGACCGUGACGGAUGUACUGAUUUGCGAUUGGUUUGUGGAGAAUCCAAAGUUGAGGACGUUGACUCCAGAUGAGUGCAGUGCCUUGACUGAGGCCCGAUCCAUAACCGGGGGCUCCAAUGAUAUUUCUGUGGUGAAAUCAAAGCUGAAGGUAUCGGACAGCGAUGUGGUUACGAUAAUUAAGGACAUCGAUGAGCGCGUACUGGACCAAGUUGGAUCUAACGUUUCGGUGAGGGAUGAUGUUCUAGAUGAUUUAUUUGGUUAGGAACGAUAUGAGGAAGACAAUUGAGACAAAUAAUCCAUCGACAUAUGGUAAUUGAAUGAAUUGUUGAUGAUGUCGAAGUUUGAUGCAAUUUCGUAAAAAAUCAUUGACAUAUGA